CUCGGCACUCGGCACCACACCGCCAUGGUCCUAUCGCUGGAGCUCUAGCACUUCAAUUUACAUAUCAUGAAUCAAUCGAUGAGACAAUGGGUCGCCGAACAGAGUCGUUUUCCUCAAGGCGAUCUGCUCACAGCAUAGAUGGCCUAUCGAUCACUGGCCCCACUGGUAACGAUCAAAAUAGCCUGAACCAGGCAUCAGUGCGGCAAAAUGGCGGUGGUAGCAUCAUUGGUGGCACCGGUACACAGACGCACGGUAUCUAUAGAGGCAAUCAUCAGGAAGCAAUGGAUGAUUCCACCUACGCAUUUAGCCUUCCUGGUAUGUCUGUGGAUACCCAUAUGAUCUAUCCCUGUUCCAAAAAACACAAGGCCAGAGUCAACAAGCAGCACUCCCAGUAUUACUGGGCACCUGCAGAUACCAGUACUAAUACAAUCCCAAGAGACAAAAUUCCAGAGGAUAGGCCUCUGCAAUCCAUUAGCAUUCAUGUCCCAGUGCCAAUCACAAGACCACCAGAAGGGCAAAAGGUUGGUGCAAGUUCCAAAAGAAAGGCAACCUCAAGUGAAAAGAAACAUGAUGGUGCUAGGAAAGGUGGAGCAAAAUUGCAACAGGGCAUGCAUGAGCUCGGUAUCCUUCAUGAAGAAGAUGAAGAAAAUCAACUGGCGCCAACCCCCGUCCCUGGAAUGAAUGCAACUCGAAUGGGCAGCAACCCAAGACCUCCCAAAAAGUCCAAGAACCCAAAGCCUUCCAAAGGAAAGGCCAGGAACCCAAAACCUCCCAAAAAGGCCAGCAAAACACAUUCUGACGAGCCACGACCUCAUCCUGCCGCUAGUAGCCAUCCAAACCAAAAAGAAUCAACUCUCCAUUUAGACCCACAAAGCAGUCGCAUGAGACUUGCUGCAGUUUUGGCAUGUGCCAUGGGGUUGCUGCUCCUUUCCACGGCUGGAUUGAUGAUGGCUCUGUUUCUCUUCGGCCAUGCUUCCGAAGACGGCAACCAAGCAGUGGAAACACAACCAGCCAGAAUUCCGGUAGAGUUGCCCAAUAGCCAUAGCAUGGUCCCUAUGGAGAUUCCUCCUCCUGACCCAUAACUUCCAGUAAGACUAUCUCGUUCUAGCAAGCUACAGAGGUAGUACUACCGGUACAGUACCCUAGAACACCAUUCAAAUUCAAAUGUUGGGGUGGCAAGGCCCCGUCAGCAGAUGACUAGAAUCAUCACAGAUGGGUAUAGCAGUUAGUUAAUUGUUGGGGUCUUAAGUUAUUCCAAGGGCGACAAAGAAUGAAAGUGAGCCUGAGCAUCAUCAUCACCUCCUGAUGGCUGGCUGCCCAAGGGAAUGUCUGUUCAAAGCCCCAGCCACUCCAGGCAGGUCAGAGAACUCCAAAGCUUCAAAUUCGUACCCAAGGGCUUGCUUGCGGUGAAGCACACCUUCACCGGCUGAGAUAGGCGGAAAUGACAAGGAAUCCAUGAUUCUGCCGUCUCUCAAUGAUUCCGUUUGGGUGUCUGUUUUGACGUGUAGGUACUGUACCAAUCUGUGUUCUCGGCCACUGUGCGACAUGCGAGUUUUUGCGAAUUGUGUGGUAGAAAGUACACAACAGUCUGUCCACUAGCUGUAGCCACCCUGUCCUUGUCUCCCAGUGGCACGGCAUGCAU